AACAAGAAUCCCGGGCUCUCUCCCGCCUCGCGCGAGCUGUACGCCAUGCUGCCGGCGGACUGCCGGCAGGCGCUGCUGUUUCGGGAUGACGUGCGGGGGGAACCGCUGUUGCCGCAGGUGGACGCGGAGAAGUUGCUGGCUCGCCUCGUCCGGGAGGUAUCCAGGAAAAAAAUUGUGUAAGUGUAACUGUGUAGGAAGAACAGCAUUACAAAGUAGCUUUGCAUUACAGGGAAAAUCUGUCAUGCGCAGCUAAUACGUGGAAACACGUAUGAAAGUAGCGUAUGACGCAGAUCCAGCAUGACAAGUGUAAACAGUUUUGCACUUUCUGCAUCACAGAUCCACACUCACAUAGUUUUUUUCUUGCAUAGGAGGCUUUGUCCCACGACUGGGCGGAAUUUAUCCCGCG